UCAGUGACAUUUCUGUGCUGGUGUGAUCAUGGGCUGCUAUUCCAGUUCUGUCAAUAAUUAAUAAGGGAACCAGUGAAGAGCCUCAACUCUGUCUUUCAAUUAUUCAACAUAGACCUUCCAUCUGGACUCGCAUCAUGGCCUGGUACCUGGCUCCAUUGCUAUUAGUCGUCCUUCAGACGCUCUACGCACCAUGUCAAGCUCAGGAACAAAGCUCUCUGCGCUUUGUUGGCAUUGGAGACUGGGGUGGCCUUCCCUCAACACCCUUCUACACACCACAGGAGAUGAAAAUAGCUAAUGAACUGGGAAGAGUGGCUGAAAGCUUGGGCUUAGAUUUUGUUCUCAGCUUGGGAGAUCAUUUCUACUUUGAUGGAGUCAAGGACGUAGAUGAUAUCCGCUUCAAGACUACGUUCGAGCGUGUCUUCUCCCAUCCAGCUCUGAUUUCUGUGCCAUGGUACUUGGUGGCAGGAAAUCAUGAUCACUUGAGAAAUGUGUCUGCUCAGAUUGCCUACUCAACCAGAUCAGAGAGGUGGCGAUACCCUGAGCUCUACUAUAAGCUACAGUUUAAUAUUCCUCAUACCAACGUCUCCAUGAUGGUCCUGAUGAUUGACACAGUGGUUCUGUGUGGGAACACUUAUGAUGGAGUCCACCCACAAGCCCCAGAGGACUCCACCGCUGCUGACCAGCAGUUUGAGUGGAUUGAGGAGACACUCCAAAACACCAGGUCAGAAUUUGUGGUCGUGGCUGGACACUAUCCUGUUUGGUCGAUCGGUCACCAUGGCCCUACUCGCUGUCUGGUAAAGAGGCUAAGGCCACUGCUGAAGAAGCACAAUGUCACUUUAUAUCUGAAUGGUCAUGACCACAGUUUGCAGUUCAUUAAGGAGGAGGAUGGGAGUCCAUAUGUUAUCAGCGGCAGUGGGAAUUUCCUGGAUACUUCCACUUACCAUGCAAAGAGCUUCCCAUCAUCUUGGCAAUUAUUUUCCAGUGCCGUGAAUCAAGCGUUAGGAGGUUUCGUGUACUUCGAGGUGACAGAGAGCAAGAUGUUCAUUAGUUACAUUCAGCUGGAUGGGAAGUGUGUGUAUCAGACAACUGUGCCCAAACGUAACAUAUGAUACAGUAAAGGAUGCUGGUCAUCAGUUAUGAAGUGGCCUUGAACAGAAUGAGUUUAUAACCAUUUCCCAGAUGAACUUCCAACAUCAAUAUUUUGAGCAAUGUUGUUCUCCCUAACAUUCCUCAGUCGAUUUAGUACAUUCAUGAAUUUUUUUUUACUGCUCUCAACUAAUACUGCAUUCACGCACAUUUCAUCACAAAACCUGAAGUUUUACCCACUUCAUUUUUUAAGAUCUGUCUUGUGAAAAACUUUCAGUGUUAAUAAUUAUAUUUUCUUUAUGAUGAUUUUACAUAUUAAAUUGUGCAUCAUUCAGCAAAGCA